AUGUUAGAGCGUUUUGAAUACGACGGAAACGGUUUCAUAGAUCCUGAAAGUUUUAAAACUCCAUUAUUAAUCUUUCCUCCAAAUUUGAACGCAUUAUCAAUCAGAUGUCGUGAUUUUAUAAAUAUUGAUUUGAGCACUUUAAUGCUUCCACCCACAUUGAUACGAUUGGAACUUUUGGAUCUAUCUUUUAAUGAUGGUUACUUUCAUUUGGGUGAAAAUUUGCAAUAUGUUCACAUUGAGACAUCCACACUUACAUUUGAUAGCAGCUUCAGAAUUCCUCAUUUGGCUGGAGAAUUAAUAUUAGAGGCUGAUUAUUUAACUUUUGAGAGCCCGGAAUUUAUGUAUCAUUUGCCGAAUAGUCUAACGCGGUUGCAGUUGAUUGCAAACAAACAGGGGAAAAUGAGUCCUUUUAUCCGAAAAAUUAGAUGGCCCUUAGUAUUAGGUGAUUUUGCUUUCAAAAAUUUUAGUAUAGAUUAUCACACAUUGGAGUUGUUGAAUUUAAAAGAAUCCAGACUUGAAGUGAUUUAUAUUCGUGGAGGUAACAUCAAGAAGUUAAAUGUAGAUCUAUUUCCAGUUAGUGUUAAAAAUUUAACUUUAAUGGAAAUGGGGAUCCAUGAACUAUCUGCUUCAUUUGCAAGUUUGAUGAACUUGCGCAGGUUGUCAAUAAUGAGAAAUCGAUUGAAAAGAGUAAGCCUGGUUGAAUUGCCAGUAUCAUCGUUGGAAGUUUUAGACUUAAGUCAAUGUAACCUUCGUUUGAUAUCACCGUUUUUGGUUUCAAUGUUUGAAAAAAAGAGCGAGAACCCAAGGUUAAGAAUAGACGCUACGGGGAAUUUAAAUGUGAAUGUUAUCGAUGUAAGAAGAGUAUUGAAAGCAAUCAAAGGGCUCUCAUUAGAUCUUAACAGUUUUGAUGAAACCUUGAGGAAAAUUGCCCAGCAAUCUUCCCGUUUGUGUUGCAUAUUUGAGACUUUUGAUCCAUAUUCUGAUGAAGCUGAAUCUUCUGGAACGAGUGAGGUUGUACCCGAUUAUGAUUCAGACGAUCUUUACAAUGGAAGUGUGUUUACUCUGGAUGAAGAAGACAGUGACGAAGAUGAUUAUUCUCGCCGCCCUAACGUUAUUGUGGAGGCACUAGGGUUGUUAAGCGAUUAUGAUGAUGGUGAUGAUACAGAUUCUUGA